CAAAUUUCAUUUCCCAUUCACCUCCAUUUACAAGCUCCCGAGAGAGCCCUUUUUGCACAUGCAAUUUCUAAGUGCAUGCGUAUCAUCCAUCUCUUUGUGCCAGAGUAUGAAAAAAUUUCUCAUAGCUAAAAGCCGUCUGAGCAGCGAAACGGAGACCUGAUGGGAGGGCUCACUUCAGAGAGGAUGGAAGAGCAGCUGCGCGUAGCGUGCAGGUCAGGCGACGGCGCCAAGGCAAGGGACCUGAUUGCAUCAGGCGUCGACGUAUCCUACUUCGACGGUCAGGGGAUGACCCCAUUGAUGCACGCGGCCCACCAGGGACACGCGUCCAUAGUAGAGGCCUUGCUGGAAGCUGGAGCCCCUUGGAACGCCCUCUCCCCCUCCAAUCUCUCUGCUGGAGAUUUUGCUAUGGAACUCGGCCAUCAGGAAGCCUUCGACCUCCUCCUCAAUGCCGGGAUUCAAGCUGAGCUGGUGCUAGGAACGAUAGCGAGAACAACAAAUAAAGAAGGUGGCGAUCUAAACGUGGAUUACUUGGAAGAGAGGGUUGUUUUUAGUGAGGAUAGGCUAAUGGAUUCUAAUAGCAAAGCAGUCAUGAUGGCUUGGGAGAAACCACUAAUGGAGGCUCAUGCAAAAGCUAUUUGCUGUGGUGGUGGUCACGUUCUUAACAUCGGGUUUGGGAUGGGUCUUGUAGACACAGCUAUUCAACAGUAUGCACCCACUACACACACUAUUAUUGAGGCGCAUCCAGAGGUUUAUGAUCGGAUGCUUCGGUCCGGAUGGGGAGACAAGGAUAAUGUGAAGAUAAUAUUUGGUCGCUGGCAAGAUGUUCUUCCUCAGCUUGAAUCUUAUGAUGGGAUAUUCUUCGACACUUAUGGGGAGUAUUACGAAGAUCUGAGGGAGUUCCACCAGCAUCUUCCUAAGCUGUUGAAGCCUGGUGGGAUCUAUUCAUUCUUCAAUGGCCUUUGUGGAGGCAAUGCCUUUUUCCAUAUGGUGUACUGUCAACUGGUUUCGCUGGAACUUGGGAAUUCAGGUUACUCCACACAGUUCAUUCCUUUACCUGUUAAAGAUUGCUUGGGAGAGGAAGUGUGGAAGGGUGUGAAGCAGAAAUACUGGCAGCUAGAUACAUACUACCUCCCUGUUUGUCAGUCGGAAUCUGAUUCUCAAUGAAGUUUUGAAUGAGAAACUCGAAUUUUGUAUUCUUGUUAACAAGCUGACUGUGAGUUUCAGAUAAACUAUGUCUAACAUGUACGCUCAAUCCUUUUUCUAUCACUCCAAAAAGAAGAACAAAAAAAAUUGUGCACUCCUUUAAUAAGAGUGCUAAUUAAGUGCUAAUUGUA